CAAACAGUGACUGCGCAACGUCGUAUUGACCAGUCCGCCGUCAUUUAAAGAGACUGCGGCGACUAGCUCCCGCUGCCCAGCUCCACACUUGCAGGAUGAGUCGCACAGCGAUUUUCGCGAGUCUCCUCUCUCUGUUUGGCAUCGCCACAAGUCAGGGAUGCUCGCACCAACUCUUGAAAGACGUCGACUUCCCCGGCACAGAUCUCAAGUUCGUGUAUGCUGCUGAUGAGAAUCACUGUCAGCUUCUGUGCACGCAGCACCCGGCCUGUCUCUUCUUCACCUUUGUCCGGCCGGACUGGACCAGAGAUAACAGGCACUUCUACUGCUACCUAAAGUCCACUCCCUCAAAGGAGCCCAAUGUGCAGACAGACCUGGUUGGUGUGACGUCGGGAUUCUCUCUCAGGCACUGCAGCACUCGGCCAAGGCCCUGUCUGCAGGACGUCUACCACAAUGUCGACUUUCCUGGUGCCGACUACCGAACGCUGUUCACUCACGACUACAAAGAAUGUCAGCGGACCUGCAAUCAAGACAUCAACUGCCAGUUCUUCACGUUCCUCACUGAGCGCUUCACCCCAGACAAAUACAAGUACAAGUGUUACCUCAAAAUGAGCAUGGACGUACCCACAACCCCCAUCGUUGAGAGAAAAAUCGGCGUCGUCAGCGGGUUUUCCCACGCGCUGCACAUGACUCCGCCCUCUGAAACAGUCAGCGAAUGUGAGGGACAACAGUUUCCCAACAUGGACAUGCUGGGAAACAGCGUCGAGUCCCUGCCUGCUGGUUCUGCUGGACACUGCCAGGCUCUUUGCUCAGCUCAUCCCCUCUGCACGCACUUCACCUAUGCCAGUGAUUCUUUGACCUGCUCCCUGAGGAGAAAUCCAGAUGAACUGGUGAGACGGCCCAAGGAGGGGGUCACGUCUGGACUGCCGGCUCGCUUCUGCCAGCUGGACCGAUGCUGGCUCAAACAGGCUCAACCCAACAUCGAUUUCCGGGGCUCGGACAUCGGCUUUGAGCUGAUGGACGACGCAGACAUCUGCCAAAAGUCCUGCACCAGUGAUCCCCACUGUCAGUUCUACACUUACGUCACUCAAGACUUCGCUGACAGAAGCUACAGGGGCCGCUGCUAUUUCAAGCGUUCCAUCACGCUGCCUGCUCCUCCCAAAAUCAACAAGUUGCCUCACGUCGUGUCUGGAUUCUCACUAAGGGAUUGUGUUAAGCCUUUUCAGCCUGAUAUAUAAAAGGCUUAGACUUAUGAGAUCAGAGCCUUAGAUUGACUUGCAACCAGUCACAACAUUAACAAAUAUUGGAUAAAAUAAACAUGAAAAUCUUGUGUGAAAAAAUUCACAGAUGAAUGAUGGAACAAAAAAAAUGCGUGAUGUGGCACUGAAAUAAAUUCAUUUACCCAAGCUUCUUCA